UUGCAUGGGCGUAGUUAUAUACUCUUUGAAUAAGAAGUACUUCUUUGUAACAAAAUGUUCUACCUUUUAUAAUGUUCUACAUUUAUAAAUUAAAUUUACGCAAAUUUAAAAAGUUAACCUCUAUCGAUUUUUGUUUAGUUAUCAGAACAUAAUCCAGUAAACCCUUUCUCACAGAUGUUAUUCUGCUGACGUCCAUGCAUUCUAGCCCUUCAGCAAUGUUGUUUUCUACCGGCAGAUCAUUUCUUGUACAUUUUUCUUUGGAUAUAUCCAAAAAUGUUAAGCCAUUCGGAAUUAUAACUAAUGCCAGCUACUGCCAAGUGGCAACUGCUCUGCGUCCAAAGAAAGCCAAAUCUACGCGGAAAGAGGCUCAGUACUUCUCCGAUACCAAAAGGAUACGUGCCAUCGGCGGAAAAGGAGGCGAUGGAUGCGUGUCCUUCCUACAGCUAUGGUGCAAUGAGAGAGCCGGUCCGGACGGCGGAGACGGUGGCAAUGGCGGCCAUGUGGUUUUCCAAGCCUCCAACGAUGUGCGUAACUUCAACCACGUGGACAGUGUCCUGAAAGCGGAAGAAGGAGAGUGUGGAAGCUCCAAAGAUUGUCAUGGCAAGAACGCCAAGCACUCGGUAGUUAAGGUUCCUAUCGGCACAGUCAUCAGAAAUUCCCAGGGCCUUAUUGUAGGUGAUUUGGGUCAGGCGGACCUCAUGUUUGUAGCUGCUCGAGGCGGAGCUGGAGGCAAGGGCAACCGGUUCUUCACCACGGAUAAGGAAACGAGUCCGAAAGUUUGUGAAUACGGACCUAGUGGCGAAGAUUUGUCCUACACCCUAGAAUUACGAAGUAUGGCUGAUGUGGGCUUGAUUGGCUAUCCUAACGCUGGCAAAAGCACACUGUUGAAUGCCCUGACUCGAGCGAAACCAAAGGUUGCGCCCUAUGCCUUUACCACGCUGCGUCCUCAUUUGGGAACCGUCCAGUACGAUGACCAUGUUCAGCUCACCAUUGCCGAUCUUCCUGGACUCGUUCCAGAUGCCCAUCGCAAUAAGGGUUUGGGUAUUCAGUUCCUGAAGCAUGCCGAGCGCUGCACCUUAUUACUCUUUGUCCUGGAUGCCAGUGCUCCUGAGCCCUGGACGCAUUAUGAGCAACUCAUGCACGAGCUGCUUCAGUUUGGCGGGAGUUUAGCGAGUCGUCCUCAAUUAGUGGUAGCCAAUAAACUGGACGUGGAGGAGGGUCAAAGCAAUUUUGAGGAACUGCAACGCCGGCUCCAGAAUCCCGUGCUCGGUAUAAGUGCCAAGAUGGGUCACAAUCUUGGACAACUCCUAAACAGCAUACGCAAAGGCUAUGACCGCCACAAGAACCAGGCCAAGGAAUCCAGUUAAAAGUCUUUGUUUAUGUUAUUUUGAAUUGUUAUUUAUAAACUAAACUUUAAUCUUA